CUCGUUUAUCUGUUAAAUAUCUCAAUUUUUUAAUCACUAUAUACUACAGCAAUUAUGUUGAUAUCUCGGUCAAAACUGGGUUCGCGACAAAUGGAUCACUGUGUUAUUGUUUCGUCGCAUAUUGUGAGACGGAGUCACCAAAGCAAUCGCAAAGUUUCCCUGUUGUACAGUAGAUAAGGAGACGGUUUAAGAAUACAUCACUUUAAUGCCAGUAGUUCCGCUGCAUAAGUUCAGCGAGGACUUGUGGUGAUUCCUGAGCUGUGCUGAUUCCACCCUGCCUCCUUUGCCUCCUUUCAUGUGCCCAGGGCAGCACAGAAGUUAUAGAAGACAUCUGUGCUGAGCAACUUGGUCACAUUAGGAACUCCAAGUCUGAUAACCUCCACCAUCUCUGAUGGAUCUCAGACUGGUUUCAUUGUUACUUGCAUCACUACUGAUCCUUUCAAACUCUGUGACAAGACUGUCCCAGGGCCAGAAGGUUUACACCAACACAUGGGCCGUCCAUAUCACUGGUGGAGAAGAGGAAGCUAACCGAGUAGCCAGAAAACAUGGCUUCAUUAACCAUGGGAAUAUAUUUGGGGAUUAUUAUCAUUUUCGUCACCGCAGGGUAGUGAAGAGGUCUUUAUCAGAACACCGAGGGACGCACCUCCGUCUGCACAGAGAACCCCAGGUAACGUGGCUGGAGCAGCAGGUGGUGAAACCGAGGAAGAAGAGAGAUAUUUACUCUGAGCCAGCUGACCCAAAGUUUACACAACAGUGGUACCUGUUCAAUCCCAGUCAUCGAGAUCUCAAUGUGCAAGGUGCAUGGAAGCAGGGGAUCACUGGAAGGGGUGUGGUCGUCUCCAUCUUAGAUGAUGGAAUUGAGAAGAACCAUCCUGACCUAGUGCAGAAUUAUGAUCCGAAUGCAAGUUAUGACGUGAAUGAUGGUGAUCCAGACCCUCAGCCUCGAUACACACAGCUCAACGAUAAUAGACACGGGACCCGCUGCGCUGGAGAAGUGGCUGCAGUGGCCAACAACGGCAUUUGUGGAGUUGGGGUUGCCUACAACGCCAAGAUUGGAGGUGUGCGCAUGCUGGAUGGAGAGGUAACUGAUGUGGUGGAGGCACAGUCCCUGAGCCUCAACCCACAGCACAUCGACAUCUACAGUGCAAGCUGGGGGCCAGAGGACGAUGGCAAAACCGUGGAUGGUCCUGCCAAGCUGGCCAAGGAAGCCUUUGUGCGGGGAGUCACUGAGGGUCGAGGUGGGCUGGGUUCCAUAUUUGUGUGGGCAUCGGGCAACGGUGGGCGGGAAAAGGACAGCUGCAACUGCGACGGCUACACCAACAGCAUCUAUACUUUGUCCAUCAGCAGCAGCACACAGAGUGGCAACGUGCCGUGGUACAGCGAGGCCUGCUCCUCCACCCUGGCGACCACCUACAGCAGCGGCGGCCUCAGCGAAAAACAGAUAAUUACCACUGAUCUCAGACAGAAGUGCACAGACUCCCACACAGGCACCUCAGCCUCUGCUCCCUUGGCUGCUGGCAUUAUUGCUCUUGCUCUGGAGGCCAAUAAAAACCUGACGUGGAGGGAUAUGCAGCACUUGGUCGUGAGGACCUCCAAUCCUGCUCACCUCAACACCAAUGACUGGAAGACUAAUGGGGUUGGCCGUAAAGUAAGCCACUCUUACGGUUAUGGUCUGCUGGAUGCCAGCGCUAUUGUGACUUUAGCCCGGAAUUGGACUAAUGUUGGCCCUCAACACAAGUGUGUCCUCUCCAUGAUGUCAGAGCCCAGGAAUAUUGAGAGUCACCUGGUAAUCAGUAAGAGUGUAGAUGCCUGCUUUGGCCAGCCCAACUAUGUCAGCUCCCUGGAGCAUGUCCAGGCACAGCUCACCUUGUCCUACAACCGUCGAGGAAACCUGGCCAUCUACCUAAUCAGCCCUCAGGGCACGCGCUCCACCCUGCUCGCUCCCAGACCCAAAGAUUACUCUUCUGAGGGUUUCCAUGACUGGGCCUUCAUGACUACUCACUCAUGGGAUGAGGACCCUCGUGGAGAGUGGACGCUAGAGAUUGAGAACGUUGCUGGAACCAGUGACUAUGGUACCCUCACGCAAUUCACCUUGGUUCUCUAUGGCACUGCCUCAAGCUCAGCCAGCCCGUCUUUAUAUAACUUCAGUGAAGCCUCUGAUGGCAGCUGCAAGACUUAUGACCUCAAUCAGCUCUGCAUAGAGUGCGACCCUGGAUUUUACCUGUUCCAGCACAGCUGUGUGAGAACCUGCCCACAUGGCUUCACUCCAGGUCCUCAGCCCCAUUUCACUGGAGACAAUGAGCUGAAUUCUGGCAUCCACCAAGCUUGCCUGGCCUGUAACCCUGCAUGUCUAACCUGCAGUGGCACCAGCCCUCAAGACUGCCUCUCCUGCCCUCCUCACAGUCACCUGGACCCCCUGUCCGGCACCUGCCUUCACCUGAACCAGAUAGAGCGUGAGUCUCCUGACAGCCCCUUCCUGCAAGGUGCUGUUGACCGCAUCCUCCAAUCGGAGCUGUCCUCUCAUGUACCAGCCACCGUGGCAGUGGUCAGUUGUGCCUUUAUUGUCGUCAUCUUUGUGGCAAUCUUUGCACUGCUGCAGUGGCGAUCCCCCAAGAUGAACAAAUUGCUCUUUGCGGAGAGUGGGGCAGGCCUUGGCCUUGGAAUUGGCAGGAGUGGAGUGGUGGCCUACAAGGGAAUCCCCAGUGUUUGGCAAGAAGAUGGAGGGAGCUCUGAUUCAGAGAAUGAGGAGUUUGAUAUCCACAAUGAAAGGACUGCCUUUAUCAAAACACAAAGUGCUAUUUAAGCCACCCUCUAGUCCUUUCUCCUGUCACACCUCUCCCACCAGUCUAUCCACCUCCACUCCCCAUCUCUCUUUGGUUCAUAUAUGUUUUUCUUUUUUUUUUUUUUUUUUUUUUUUUGGUCUUACACCCCCUUAGAGGUGAACUCCCUGAAAUCUGGGAAUGGCCUGAAAACAUCUGUUAUUGUGCCCUGUUUCACUCACUUUUCCCUCUCAUCUGGUUAGCUUAAACUUGGGUGUUUCUUUACAAAAGUCACCAUGGGUAAUUGGUUGGAAAAAUAACUAAAGUAAGUUGUUGUCCAAAAUGGCCAACAGUUUUGCCACAAUAAAGAGAUUACUGUUACUUAUUUUACUCAGCAUUUCUAAACCCGGUCUGUUUUUCUUUUUUCAAGUUCAAAUUUGAGAGGCUUGCAUAAUUGCAUUUGAGAUAUUAAAGAUGGGCUGACUCAAGUUGGGAAGAAAAGCAGUACAGUUAGGACAAAACGGAUUCCUGUUUCUAGUCAUAAGUGAAUCUACAUGGUAGCACUAAUCCUUAACUUUAUCUUGAUUGUAGCUGGGACCUUUCUGAGAAUUUCUCUCUAUCAGUUUUCUUAAGGUCUGUGUUUUAGUCACAAGGCUGGUUUUACCUCUCUCAAACACUUUGGAACAUGGGUGUAAUGAACUUGGGAAUUUGUGUGAUUUUUUUUUUUGUCUUUCUUUUUUAAAAUUUUAACACUAACAUUACCCCCCCCCCCCCCCAGAAACCCAUUUAAAGUAUAGUAACGGCUUUCUUGGACUCAAUGUGGGGUUGCUCUCAUUGCUCCCUGACACAUUGUCUGAACAGCAGAGCCCUAAAAUGUGGUGUGUGGGGAGUUCAUUUUGCACACAAAAGUUAAAAAAAAAAAAAAAAAAAAACACUUGUAAAGAUUCUUACCACCAACUGAAAGGAAAGCCCAUGGAGUUCUGGACCAAAAUAAAACUUGAAAUGUUGCAUUUGAACAUUCUGAAUUUUUUUGUGGAGUUUGUAGUGAUAAUCAUUUAGCGUGGUUGGGUGUGUGGCUCAGAAUACGUGUUUUUAGCUGGUUUUUUUUGUUUGUUUUUUUUAAACAAGGACUCAAGUGCUCCUUUCUUAGCAGCUACUGAAUGAGGCAGGGAUAGAAAUCAAGCUGGCCGGUCAGCCUAAGGGCUAGUAAAGAAUUGAGACAGUCUACCAUAUCUUUGCUUUCAUGGCUUAUAUCUUAUUGUAUUCUUUGCAUCUCAACUUUCUUAACUCUCAGUGUGAACCUUGCAAAACCUCACACUGUUUUUUUAGUUGCUAUGUUACACAAUAUGUAGAAGUGUUUAUAUUAACUGUGUUGGCCAAAUCGUAAUGUGUCCCUCUUAUUGUGGCUUAACGCUAAGAAGAUAGCAGCUCUGUAAACAAGAUUUGUAUCACUGCACAGCAGAUCAAACCAUGUGACAUAGCUGCUAAAGUUGACCCCAGUUUACCACCAUUUAAUGUUUAAUGCAUAGAUUUUUUCAGAAAAUCAAAAAAAUGUUUAUUCUUUAUUAUGAUGUUGGUAUGCAGUGGCCUGUCCUGCGAAGCAGAAUAAUGACGCAGGUUUUUUUUAUGGAGUAGCAAAUAUGAGUCUCUGGCGCCCAGGUUCUAAUGUAUCUUCAUUAAGAGCAACUUUAAUAUGCUGUGGCUGACAUUUUAGUUUUUGGUGUAAAAGGUUUUUUUUUGUUUUUGUUUUGAAGAUUGCAGCAACAGUCAUUGGUAGAGUUGAAUUUUGUAAGGAUUGUAGACUCACUGUAUGUGAAGUGGGAUCAUCCUGAAGAAGUCACACAUCUCUAUAUGCAUCGUUACAUUUAGAGUGGAUUUGUUUCGAAUAUAUUUUGCAGUUUACUUCUCAUACUUGUCUCUGAGUAGUCUUACUGUUGGAAAAGGCUAAGGGUUUCUAUAUAGACAUCAGUUCAGUAUUUCUUAUCUUUGAAGUACUAUUAAAUUAAUUUUAUUGAUUGUGUAUGAUUUCAGCUGCAUUGCCAAGGCUUACAGGCAGUCAAAUAUCUACGUCCAUCACCCAUCACUGAAUCCACCCCUCGCCUGCGCAAGUUACCAGUUUUCCUAUAACUUAGUUCAGUCUCUUGUGAUUUCAUUCUUUUUUUUUCUUUUAAUACAUCACAUUUCUAAACUGUUGCAUGGGUACUGCCAUUUACAUACAACUUUUAUAAAUAAGGUUUCCGCAGUGUGCUAUUCUUAUAGGGUUGUGUACUUCCAUCCUAGUUGCCAUCUGUAGGCGAAAUCAUGCCAGAAAAUUCCAACUGGUACACUGCUGGAUUAAGCCUCUUCCCAAAAGCAAAAGUGCUCUGUUUAACUCUACCACCUAGAUGUAACUGUUGUAAGUAUAUAGCUGCAUACCUUUUAAAGUGUUAGUCUGGCUGUUAAAUUACUUAGAUUUUUGAGAUUAAAAAUAACUUAUUUCAAUAAAAACAAUGUUACCAAUGCACACACCAAGAAAAUGAAUUUUGAAUUAGAUGUUUGUUUAUUUGAGAAAACCUGUGUUAUGGUAAGCCUGUUAAUUAACAAUGGGAUUUCUGUUGUGUAGGGUAAAUUCAUCAACAGAUCAGCAUAAUAAGUUCAGAAAUAAUGAGCAUUAAAAAAGGAUCAGUCCAAAAACCUUUACAACCUCUUUGCAGCAUUCUGUUGGCGAAGGCAGUGAAAGAAAAAAUUACAGUUGUUAGUCUGGUGCACUCAGAGGACCUUUACUUUGACAUGUAUUCGGUAUCUCAUAAUUAAAGUGGUAGAAACAAUAAUAGUAAUCAUCAUCAUUGUUAUUGUUAUUAUUAUUACUAUUAUUAUUAUUAUUAUUAUUAAAGUUGUUGUUAUUAUUAGUGUCUUUUUUUUUAUCUGCAGGGUGAAUUAUUAUUGUCCCUAAUCUACACAAUGUGACUGUUGAUAAGGGAGUUACAUCCUCUAACUAUGCUUGGGAUCACAGAUUUGUAUGUAUGUCAUAUCAACAAUGGUAUGCCGUUUUAAAGGCAUGACCAAAGAUUUGUAUUUGGAAAUCUUUGUGCCUAAGAGGUCUUCAUAGGGGAAUUAAUAUAAUGGGGCAUGAUGCAGACAGCAAAAUUACGAAUUUCAUAUUGUUUUCUUAACCUUUCCAUCAUAACAGCCCCUUUUUCAUCAUACCAGCCCUUAAAAUGUAUUCGGUCUUGCCACCUCUGAAGUAAACACGAAGGUAGGAAUAUCUAUGACAAUAACCUUCAGUAAUGAAUAAAUCUAGUCAACGAGAGAUCGAUAUUACUACAGUUUGUACGUUAUUGGCAUGUCAGAAAUGUGAUAUUGCCCACAAUCAGCAAUGGAUUCAUUGCACUAACAGGCUGAAUGUUUUUCAUUUUGUCCCAGAGAGUAAAUGGAUGUGUUACGGUCCAACAAAGCCAUCUACACACAAACCUUUUAUAGUUCACUGAACUUGUCCACACCUUACCUGAAUCCUGUCAGUGAAAAAGGCUGCAUGUUCUACCGUAGUAACUGAGACCUAUGAUUUUAUCAUUUAAAUGACUACCUGAGACAGGACAAACUUAUGUAGGCCAAGGCAUAUUUUUGUACUAUAUAAAUGGUGCAUCAUAAUUGUAAUUUAAAUAUUGUUUUGCCUUUUUUUUUUUUUAAUUUUUUUCUCUUUAUUUAAUUGAUGUCAAUAUGGGAAUUAUAGAUUCUAUGAAAAAUAAAGAUCUAUGCAAACAUGUA